UUACCGGCGGUCGGACGCACGGAUGAGAGGCGAACUGUGAUUUAGUCAAAGCAGUUAGUGUGAAGUGGCAGGAAUCACAUUAAACCCGAGGAGGCAGCAGAGCAGCGCUCAACAGGAGAAAUUAAAGUUUCAAACCAUGGAAAAACUGCUGCGGAAAAGUUUAGAGGAAGAAAGAAGAAACACAAAAUAAGAUCAACCGAUUGGAACAAGGACGCCCACAUGCUUCAGCAUCAUUUCCAGUUUUCCCUGAAGAGGAAUUUGGCACACCAUUGUGAUAAAAGGGAUGAAUGAGGGCCGUUCUGCUCUCCUCAGAAGGUGCCACCUUGCCUUGUCCAAGGCCGACACCCUCAGCUCUGUUCCUGCCAGCGAUGCUCUCUCUGCGGACGCAGGCGAUGGCGGGGCCGCUCAGCCUGAGAGUGAUGCAGCGUUCAACCUGUCAGAGUUCUCCCACCUGUUUGAGAACGAGGACAACUCCCCAUCAACUCAGGACACGAGUCAGGAUUCAGUCGUGGAGCUGGUUCAGCCUGGUCAGCCCGCAGAUGGCAGACAGAACCUGCGGAUGAAGUUCCAGGGUGCUUUUAAGAAGGGCAUUUCCACCCCAAUGGACCUACUGGAAUCCACCAUAUACGAGUCAAAUGUGGUUCAAGGCCCCAAAAAAGCACCCAUGGACUCACUCUUUGACUAUGGUACCUACAGGAACACCAGCAACCAGAAACGACGCAGGAAGAAGCUCCCAAGAGGUAAAACCGAGACGUCCUGUGACGACGGUCAAAGUUCGGACCCGCCAAAAGUAAUGAAAAUAUUCAACCGCUCUCUCCUCUUCGACUGCGUGUCACGUGCAGACCCCGAGGCCCUCGAUGGCCUGUUGGAGUACCUGCAAACUCAUGAAAAGAGGUUAACUGACGAGGAGUUCAGAGAGCCGUCCACAGGGAAGACAUGUCUGCCUAAAGCCCUGUUGAACCUUUACGGUGGGCAGAACGACACCAUCCCACUGCUGGUGGACAUAGCAGAGAAGACUGGAAACCUCAGAGAGUUCAUAAAUACACCCUUCAGGGAUGUCUACUACAGAGGCCAGACGGCGCUCCACAUUGCUAUAGAGCGCCGGUGUAAGCAGUAUGUGGAGCUGCUGGUGGAGCAGGGAGCUGAUGUUCAAGCCCAAGCCAGGGGACGCUUCUUCCAGCCCAGAGACGAAGGGGGCUACUUCUACUUUGGUGAGCUGCCUCUCUCACUGGCCGCAUGCACUAACCAGCCUGACAUAGUGCGCUACCUGACUGAGAAUCCACACAAGAAGGCCGACCUGCGGCGCCAGGACUCACGUGGAAACACGGUGCUGCACGCCCUAGUGCACAUCGCAGACAACACCAAGGACAACACACGUUUCCUCACAAAGAUGUACGACCUGCUGCUAAUCAAGAGCGUCAAGCUCUACCCAGACUGCAGCCUGGAGACAGUGCUCAACAACGAUGGCAUGUCACCCCUCAUGAUGGCCGCCAAGCUGGGAAAGAUCGGGGUUUUUCAGCACAUUAUUCGACGGGAGAUCAAAGAUGAGGAAGCUCGUCAUCUAUCACGUAAGUUUAAGGACUGGGCGUAUGGGCCAGUGUACUCCUCCCUCUAUGAUCUGUCUUCACUGGAUACUUGUGGAGAGGAACCGUCUGUGCUUGAAAUCCUGGUCUACAACAGCCGCAAUGAGAACCGCCAUGAGAUGCUGGCAGUGGAGCCCAUCAAUGAGCUGUUGAGGGCCAAAUGGCAGAAGUUUGCUGCCGUCACCUUUUACAUCAGUGUGGUUUCCUACCUCAUCACCAUGAUCAUCUUCACCCUGGUCGCUUAUUACCACCCAACACAGGGAACGCCUCCGUACCCUUACACAACGUCCUCUGACUACUUGCGCAUGGCAGGAGAGAUUGUCACCUUGGCAUCAGGAAUCUUCUUCUUCCUCACCAAUAUUAAGGACCUCUUCUUGAAGAAGUGCCCUGGGGUGAAGUCUUUAUUUAUUGAUGGAUCUUUUCAACUGCUGUACUUCAUCUACUCGGUACUGAUUGUAGUCACAACUGCUCUCUACCUGUCUGGCAUUAAGGCCUAUGUGUCUGUGAUGGUGUUUGCACUCGUCCUGGGCUGGAUGAACACUCUGUACUUCACCAGAGGCCUGAAGCUCACUGGCACCUACAGCAUCAUGAUACAGAAGAUUCUUUUCAAAGACCUUUUUAGAUUUCUGCUUGUGUACGUGCUCUUCAUGAUUGGAUAUGCAUCAGCCCUGGUGUCCCUGCUGACAGCGUGUCCUCCACCGGGCACAGAGUGCGACGGAGGCUGCCCCACCUACCCCGACUGCAGGGACACAGACACCUUCAGUGCUUUCCUACUUGACCUCUUUAAGCUGACCAUUGGGAUGGGAGAGCUGGACAUGAUCCACAGUGCACAGUAUCCUGCAGUCUUCCUCAUCUUGUUGGUGACCUACAUCAUUCUCACCUUUGUCCUGCUGCUGAACAUGUUAAUAGCUUUGAUGGGAGAGACAGUGGGGCAGGUGUCCAAGGAGAGCAAGAAGAUCUGGAAGCUUCAGUGGGCAACGACCAUCUUGGACAUCGAGCGCUCUUUCCCAGUCUGCCUCCGCAAGUCUUUUCGAGCUGGGGAGAUGGUGACUGUGGGGAAGAACUGGGACGGCACACCUGACCGACGCUGGUGCUUCAGGGUGGAUGAGGUGAACUGGUGCCACUGGAAUCAGAAUCUGGCAAUAAUCAAUGAAGAUCCAGGCAAGAAUGAGACCUGCCAAGCCAACGGGUUGCAGCAGAGCGUCAGAGCUUUGCGGAGAGACCGCUGGUCCACAGUGGUCCCGCGGGUGGUGGAGUUAAGUAAGGGGCCACGGCCUCGUGAUCUGGUGGUGGAGAUGGAGCCGCUUACGCCAAGACACUGACGCCUGCAGAAGACUACAGCUGUCCUUCUUAUAGGGGACUGCAGAGAGCCAUCAGCACCAGUGAGAUCACUCUGCAGGGAACGAUUUGGCCAAUAAAUGACUAAUUUGCACAGAUUUCAUGUGCCUUUUGUUCAAAGAUAGUAUAGUAAAUAUUACAGUAAGACAGUCAGUGUAAGAAGACAGACUGAGCACACAGAGACACUGGAUGUACAACGUCUUAAAGAAUCACUGAUCUGAAAAAACAUCAAAAAGAGUCAAAAACUUGACAUAAAAAAAGUAUAAAAAAUAGCUAUAAUUUGUCUUUUACUUGCCACAGAAGAAUAAAAAACUUAUUAUAAAAACGUACUGUACCUCUGCAUUUCAGACAUCAGCAGCUGAUCACUCAGGGAUUUAAGUGAGUCAAAAUAUUUCAGCAUUUCCCAUCUCAUUAUAGUGUUACAGAAAACAGAAUCAUGGGUUUUCUAAUAGCUAGCAGAAGCAUAAUUACUGUAUUAUUGCAUCAGCAGUGUAAACAAAAGCUUUGCUAGAAAUGCCAUCUACAGAUAUAAUCACAAUGGGAGAUAUUUCUUCAUCACUGCAAUAAAUAUUCAUAGGCUUACAGAGUAGAAGUUGGCUUUUAUUUGCUUGCUCUAUAUUUAAGAGGUCCCUAUAUGUAUCAUGAAGAUUAUAUUGUAUGUGCUAAUUUGAAUGUGUAUUGUUCCAGCUAUGGGGGUUCAGUAUGUAGAAACUGGAUCUAUGUAUUUUAUGAAGUGUAUUUUCCCUUUAUUUUCUAUACCAUAUUAAUCAAAUAGUUUUAAAACUAUGAAAGUCUUGGGCUGGGACCGCCGGUGCCGGCAGCGUAGCUUUCAUGUAACUGAAACAAUGCACUAUGCCAAUUUGUGAUGUGUGCAUUAUUGUAUGAACACAAAGACAUUGUUCGGAACAAGAUGGGAAUGAUGAGCAGGUUAUAGUUGUCAAGCAAAUAUGCAAAUGCAAGACAAUAGCCUUCCGUGUUAUGGUUUGUCUUUGAAUUUCCAGAGUUAUUGUUCCUUUGCAGCUGGGGUAUUUGCAUAAUCAACUCUCAGGCCUUGCCAUUAUGUGCCCCCACCCCCACCCCCCAUUUGCUGCAGUGCUUUUAUUGCAAUUGGCUCCUUGCCCUAUAGAGCAUCUUGUUGAUGCACAACUACUGUAUGUAUGUAUACAUGUAUGUGAGUUAUUGUACUACAUGACAGGGUGUGAUAAAGAGCAGAUAGGCCAUGCAAUUCAUUUUCGCUAAUUGAUUGCUGUCGAAGGUCACAGGUCAUUGUUCACAAUGUUUACAUUGCUUUUAUAAAGAGAAAUGCCUAUGCAUUUUUUUACAUUGUUUAUUGCUGCACAGAACAAUAAACACUGAAUUUAUUUUAUGAACCACACAGUACUCUGUCUUCCUAUUCCUGCAUUGGACUAUGAGAUUCUUCUUCUGAGGAUGUUUUGCAAUCAGUACUUAAAUGAUAGAUGGAUUAUUGUAUCCCUGGGCAUUUGCUAUCAGCCAGAAAUGAUUUAAUUUGAUCAAAAAGAAAAAAAAGAAAGAGCCCAUGGAAGCUCUUUGAACAGACGCAAAUCAAAUAAAUAAAUAUAGAUAAAUAAAUAAAGAAAGAAAGAUACAAAGAAAGUAAAUACUUA